AUGUUGUUGGUCAAAUUUUUCUCUGUUUCCGCUACAGUUAGGUUCAGUGGUAAACAACUCUCUAGAUAUGCUCAGAAGGCUGAAUCUGACUCAAAGGGAUAUCGGUCAAAAUUGAAGAAGGCAUUGGAAGCCAAAAAUGUUGAUGCAGCUCGUAUCUACGCAGAAGAUUCUAUUAGAAAACAUAGGGAGAGCAUUCAGUAUAUGACAAUGGCAUCUCGACUCGAUGCUGUGCAAGCACGAGUUAAAACUGCCACAACCAUGAAGUCUAUGACUAAAGACAUCGGCCGCGUUACUCAGAGGUUAAAGUCAACGAUGGGAACAAUGAAUCUAGAGCAGAUUGAAAGGGUGAUGGGAGAGUUUGAAAAGACUUUUGUGGAUCUUGAUGUCCGUACCUCCACCGUUGAAGAUUCUAUGGGUUCUGCGAUGGCCACAACUGCUCCUGAAGAUGAAAUCCAAAAUCUCAUUAAGCAGGUAGCCGAGGAAAAUGGCCUGGAGGUGGAGGCUGCAAUGGCGGGCGCACAAGUCCCCUCCGACUCCAUCGCUAGUCCUACCCCUGGUGAACGAACCUCCCAGGCUGACGACGCUCUCACGCAAAGGUUCGCAUUUCCAUUUUUUCUGGCACCUUGUGCCCGUGCCAUGCAUAAUACUUGA